GCCUGGGGCCGGGAAGUGGCUCCCUGCAGCCUGGGCGGGCCUCGAGCACCCGGGGCUGGGCCCCGCCUGCCCAACUCGCUCCUACAGCCAGGGCCCGCGACGCCCCCCGUUUCUCAGCCGCCUGCCGGGGCUCCUCUCCUUUGCCUGCCCCCGUGGGAGCCGGGGCCGCCGUGACUGACUGGAGGGUCUGGGGGAGGAGAAGACGCCCCUUGUCGCGUGGCGGGAGGAAUAGUGGCUGCCGAGGCGGGUGCCUGUUGUAGGCUGGCGAAGGCUGACGGGCGCUGGCUCGCUUCUAAGGCCGUCGCAUAACACGAGGACCUCGGGUCUGCGAUGUGAAGGGUAACUCGUGGAGCCAGGGGUGACGGGCCAGGGUCAAGCCAGGCUGGGCCAGCAAAGCACUUGGCAUUGGGAGCUCUGCUCCUUCCCUGAUUCUGGAAGUGGGAUUCCCACCCCCAAGAUUAGUCUCAUGUUCUCCACAGCCUUUUCUUCCCAAACAGGUCACCGUCUUCUUCUGACAUGGGUCGCUACCGCCGGUGCGGCCUCACAGUUGUAGGGCCUAGGCUGCCUUAUCUGAAAUAGAAAUGGAAAUAUGCAGCUGAAGAAGAAAACCACUUUAAAUCUGCUGUGUUCACAUUCAUAUGGAUGAAUUCAGAAUGUCCCAGAAAGACGUGCCUGCCAAUCACCCAAAUGUAAUAGCCCCAACUUGUGAAGGCGACGCUUUCCAAAAAAAAGCGCACAGCAUAAGGACUCUUAGCGCUGAAGAAGCCGAGAAACUCGCAAGAGAUCAAACUUUAGUGUCUGACUUCAAACAAUCAAAACUGGAGAAAGAGGCCCAGAAGAACUGGGAUCUGUUUUACAAAAGGAAUAGCACCAACUUCUUCAAAGACAGACACUGGACAACCAGAGAGUUUGAAGAAUUAAAAGCAUGCCGAGAGAAAAACCCUUCAUAUAAUAUUGAGAGGUGUAAAGUUUUCCAGUGUGAUCUUACCAAAGAUGACCUUCUAGAAAAUAUACCAGCUGAUUCUGUAGAUGUUGUCACGUUAAUAUUUGUGCUUUCUGCCAUUCACCCUGACAAGAUGCAUCUGGUCUUGCAAAAUAUUUACAAGGUAUUAAAACCAGGCAAAUGCAUCUUGUUUAGAGACUAUGGGCUUUAUGACCAUGCAAUGCUCAGGUUUAAAUCUGGCAGCAAGCUUGGAGACAACUUUUAUGUUAGACAAGAUGGAACACGAUCAUAUUUUUUUACUCAUGAGUUCUUAUCCCAGCUUUUUAUGGCUGAAGGAUAUGAGCAAGUGGUCAAUGAGUAUGUGCUGCGGGAAACAGUGAAUAGGAAAGAAGGCCUGUGUGUUCCAAGAAUUUUUCUUCAAAGCAAAUUUCGAAAACCUCUAAGUAAGCCAUGAGUUUUUGCUGAUCAGCAGCAGGACUGCUUCUGUAAACAAGCAGUUCAAGUGAGUUCUUAUAGAAUUAUAGAAUAUGGCUGGACUGUCCAGGAGUCUGGUAAACCAGAAAGAUGGAAUCAUGUUUUCUUGAACUUUUGCUGGCUUUGUUCCUUGCAUAUGGCAUAUGAAAGUGACUAUGAGAAUACAAUUUGAAGAUGGUGUAUAAAUGUGUUUAUGAAUACAGGCAACUUGCCAGGGUUCCUGCAUUUCUGUUUCUAAAAUGAAUCUUGUUCAACAUUGUUGUCGGAUCACACAUUGUUUUUAAAAUGAAAGUGGUUUAACAGCUAUAUUCUUUUAAAAGGCGUUCUCCAGUUAUGCUACAUAAGAUUUUAAAUUUCCCUUAAGGGAAGUUUAACUAUUGAGCAUUGACAGACUGUCUUGUUAAACAGCUGUUUUUACUAGUCACAAGAAUGGAUUAGUUUUAUGUCCCUUUUUCACAUUAAAACUAUUUUAUAUGUC